GCGGCCGGGGCGGGGAUACGGGUCAAAGUAUAAUACUUGUGAGAAGCCUUGCGUGGUACCUGCUUCCAGGGUGCGUGGUGAUAGGGUGCGUGACCAUGCGGAAAGUGGUUUUGAUCACCGGGGCGAGCAGUGGCGUUGGCCUAGCCCUCUGCAGGCGGUUGCUGGAGGAAGACCAUGAGCUUCACCUGUGCUUGGCGUGCAGGAACGUGAGCAAAGCGGAAGCCGUCCGCACUGCUCUGCUGGCCUCCCACCCCACCGCCGAGGUCUCCACCGUGCAGGUGGAUGUCAGCAGCCUGCCAUCAGUGUUCCAGGCCUCCAAGGAGCUCAAGCAAAGGUUUCAGAGAUUUGACUAUGUAUAUCUAAAUGCUGGGAUCAUGCCUAAUCCACAGCUAAAUAUCAAAGCACUUUUCUGUGGCCUCUUUUCAAGAAAAGCGAUUCAUAUAUUCUCUACAGCUGAAGGAGUGCUGACCCAGAGUGAAAAGAUUACUGCCGAUGGCCUCCAGGAGGUGUUUGCAACCAAUGUCUUUGGCCACUUUAUCCUGAUUCGGGAACUGGAAUCUCUCCUGUGUCAGAGUGACAGUCCAUCUCAGCUCAUCUGGACAUCAUCUCGUAAUGCAGUGAAAUCUAAUUUCAACCUUGAGGACAUCCAGCACAGCAAAGGCCAGGAGCCCUACAGCUCUUCCAAAUAUGCUAUUGACCUUCUGAGUGUGGCUUUGAACAGGAACUUCAACCAGCGGGGUCUGUAUUCCAGUGUAGCGUGCCCAGGUACAGUGUUGACCAAUUUGACAUAUGGAAUUAUGCCUCCCUUUGUGUGGACGUUGAUCAUGCCAAUCAUAUGGCUGUUCCGCUUUUUCGCAAAUGCUUUCACGUUGACACCAUACAAUGGAACAGAAGCACUGGUCUGGCUUUUCCACCAAAAGCCCGAGUCUCUCGAUCCUCUGGUGAAAUAUCUGAGUGCCACCACUGGCUUUGGAAGCAAUUACGUAACGUCCAAAAAGAUAGACCUGGAUGAAGACACUGCUGAAAAAUUUUACCAAAACUUACUGGAACUGGAAAAGGAUAUUAGGGUCACCAUUCAAAAAAGCAAAAACCAGAGCUGAAAAUGGUGCUCUUUGAGCACCAUUUUCAUGCCUUCUAUGGAUUCUGGAGCACCUGAGUUUCUGAGUUGGACGGUGUGCAUUUGUGGUAAACUGUGAGUUCUGAUUUUCUCUUUGUUUCAGAAUUACCUCUAUGACUGUGUGUGUGUUUGUGCAUGUGAGAAAAAGAUUGAUAAAAUAUAAUAUAUUCUUAAGAAUGGUGUUAUAUCAAAAUUGUCCUAAGUGUCCAUCAUUGGAUGAAUGGAUAAAGAAUAUGUGGCACAUAUAUACAAUGGAAUAUUACUCAACCAUAAAAAGAAACGAAAUUGAGCUGUUUGU